AUGUCCGACGUGUCCGAAGAUAUCACCCUCGCAGGCUAUCUUUUCAAACGCCUUUAUCAAGUUGGCCUACACGCAGUGCAUGGCGUCCCCGGUAAUCACAACAUCGGAGUACUGAGAGAGGCCACUGAUGCAGGGCUUGAGUGGGUCGCACACCGCAGCGAUCUUACUGCUGGGCUUGUCGCAGAUGGAUAUGCACGAGUCAAGGGCAUCGGCGCUCUGAUAUCUUCAUUCGAGAAUAUGCCAUCGUCAGUCUCGACGGCAAUCGCUGCCUCGUACCAGGAUAGAAUCCCAGUUGUGCUUGUUAUUGGGACACCUCAACGCAAGGCGCAAGUCCAGGCUUCCAAAUUCCACCAUUCCUUUUUCGACGUGCAGCCUGAUGUUCCUCAACAGCCUGAUGAUUUUCAAAUACUCGCUGACUGCUUCGAGAAGACAACCAUCACCCAGGAGUUUCUUGUUCAUCCUAGCGAGGCGACUACCCAGAUUGAUACUGCCAUUCGAGAAUGUAUCAUGCAGUCUCUGCCUGUUUACAUUGAAUUGCCGGAAGAUUUGGUCAACAGUAAGGUACCGGCCAAGAGACUCAUUGAGAGCUUGGACUUCAACACUCCGCUUCACGAUACUGAGAUGGAGAAGACGGUAGUGGCCAGUAUCAUGAACAAGAUUAAGCAGGCACAACGACCAGUGAUUCUCGUGGGUGCGGCUGUUCCAUCUUGUGGUCUUAUUAAGGAAGCAAAUCAGCUGGCCAAAAAGACUAGAUUUCCAACUGCUGCGACCCAGUUCAGCAGAGGUGUUGUAGACGAAACACUCAAAAACUUCCAUGGGGAUAUCUCGGAUUUCGACAUGUACGGUUCAUAUUUCAGAUCCUGCGACCUGAUUCUCAUUAUUGGAUCUCUGAAUACAAGUGAGUGGGCCAAUUCCGCCAUGUUCGAGGCGAAGACGGCAGAAACCGUCGCAUUCAACAGGAAUUAUGUUGUCAUCGGGGAUCAAAAAUAUGAGCUCUUUUCUAGACCUGUGCUUCAGCAGAUUCUAAACUGUUUGAGUGAGAGCAAACUUUGUGACCUUACGCCCUACCCAGAUUUGCCCAGUGUCCGCGACAGCAUUGAAAUGCUUCCAACUCGGAAAAAGACUGCACUUCUUCAACAUGACAUUUAUUGCAAAUUUUGGCGACGGAUGUCUCUUUUCUUCCGUCCGGGUGACAUUAUCUUGACUGAGACCCAAAUAGCCCAGGAUGGAGCACGCUCUUUUGUUUUGCCGCGGGAUACAACCCUGAUCAAUCCUGGAGCCCGAAAGUUACCCGGACACAUGCUUGCUACCACCUUUGGUGUUGUUCUGGCGCAACAAGGCCUUGCCAAGACAAACUACCUGCUUUCACACGGGCGAACAGUUCUUUUUGAAGGGGCCAAGGGGUUCCAAAAGGCCCAAGAUGACUUGAGAGCCAUUAUCGAUAAGAAGCUCAAUCUCAUCAUCUUCGUGACUAACGAAGGAGCGCCCAUGGUUGAAAGUCUAAUGCAUAUGAUGGAAUAUCAACAGCAAGAUUCUUAUCCCUGGCGAUACUCAGAAUCCGUUUCUUUCUUUGGAGCCCCCAAAAAGACAUUUUACCCAGUCUCCACCACCAUAGCCAGAACAUGGGGCGACUUUGAGAUCAUUAUCCACGAUAAGAACAUUCAAUCCGGGAUAGGACUGCACGUUGUGGAGUUCAUGAUCAAACCCGGAGAUCCAACUCAAAGCCCAUGUCUUCUUACUGAAAUAUAUGGCCCGCCCCCGAGCCCUUUUUCUUUGAAGAAGUAUCACCUCAAGCGAGAUUGA